CAAGAACUUUGGGAGCUACACAACAAAGCUAACCGCUAGGUUACCUGGCUAUUAGCUGGAGCGUUAACAGCCAUUUUAACACAGAAAUAUGACUCGCUAAAUAUGUAUUAAGUGCCAGAUAAUAAAGCAUCAGGCUUAGAUAACCUAUCGGAUAUAGAUGCUGAAGGGAACCUGUCAGGAUGUAUGCUGUAUACAGACAGGCCCACACCCCCACUGCUGUGGAGUUUUCUGUCUACUGUAACUUUAUAUCCAGUAAUGAGAAAAACUUAGUCAUCGCCGGGACGUCCCAGCUUUUCGUCUACAGGAUCAUCCAUGAUGUGGAGAGCACUUUCAAGGCUGACAAGUCAUCCGAUGCUAAAACCCGUAAGGAGAAGCUGGAGCAGGUGGCGUCCUUUUCUGUCUUUGGCAAUAUCAUGUCCAUGGCUAGUGUGCAGCUAAUAGCUGCCAACAGAGAUGCUCUUCUUCUCAGUUUCAAAGACGCAAAGCUGGCUGUGGUGGAGUAUGACCCCGGGACACAUGACCUGAAGACUCUCUCUCUGCAUUACUUUGAGGAGCCAGAACUCAGAGAUGGCUUCGUACAGAAUGUCCACAUCCCAAUUGUCCGUGUUGAUCCAGAGAAUCGCUGCGCCGUCAUGCUCGUUUACGGCACCAAGCUCGUGGUGCUGCCGUUCCGAAAGGACACCCUAACCGAUGAGCAGGAGAUUGGAGUAGAAGGACCCAAAUCCAGCUUCCUGCCCAGUUACAUCAUCGACGUUCGCGAGUUAGACGAGAAGCUGCUGAACAUUGUCGACAUGAAGUUUCUUCACGGUUACUACGAACCUACGCUGCUCAUUCUGUAUGAGCCCAAUCAGACGUGGCCUGGGCGCGUGGCUGUUCGUCAGGACACUUGCAGUAUCGUGGCAAUCUCCCUCAACAUCAUGCAGAAGGUUCAUCCCGUCAUCUGGUCCCUGAGCAACCUGCCUUUUGACUGCACGCAGGUCAUGGCUGUUCCCAAACCCAUUGGUGGUGUGGUGGUGUUUGCUGUGAAUUCACUGCUGUAUCUGAACCAGAGCGUCCCACCUUAUGGAGUCUCUCUGAAUUCUCUGACCACUGGGACCACAUCCUUCCCUCUACGUGUGCAAGACGAAGUAAAGAUCACACUAGACUGUUCUCAGUCUGACUUUAUUGCGUAUGACAAGAUGGUCAUCUCCCUGAAAGGAGGAGAAAUUUACGUGUUGACGCUCAUAACAGACGGCAUGAGAAGCGUGAGGGCUUUUCACUUUGACAAAGCUGCAGCCAGCGUCCUCACAACAUGUAUGGUAACCAUGGAGCCCGGCUACCUGUUCCUCGGUUCCCGCCUUGGAAACUCACUGCUCCUGAAGUACACCGAGAAGCUGCAGGAGACACCGGCAGAGGAAGGCAAAGACAAGCAGGAGAAAGAAAAGGAGAAAGAGGCAGAAAAGCAGGAGGAACCACCCAUCAAAAAGAAGCGUGUAGAGUCUGCCACCAACUGGACAGAUGAAGUGGAUGAGAUCGAGGUGUACGGAAGUGAGGCCCAGUCAGGCACUCAGCUGGCUACCUACUCAUUUGAGGUGUGCGAUAGCAUUCUCAACAUCGGUCCCUGUGCAAAUGCUUCUAUGGGUGAGCCAGCAUUCCUGUCUGAAGAGUUUCAGAGCAACCCUGAACCUGACCUGGAGGUCGUUGUGUGCUCUGGUUACGGUAAAAAUGGCGGGCUGUCUGUCCUCCAGAGAAGCAUUCGACCUCAAGUGGUCACUACGUUUGAGUUGCCAGGUUGCCAGAACAUGUGGACCGUCGUCUCGAGUGAGGUCAAGGACGAUAAAAAAGCCUCAAAAAGUGACGUGUCAGAGGAUGGAGCAAAGACCGACGCUAAGGAGGAUGGGGAUGAUGGAGAGAAGGAAAAGGAAGAGCCGGAGAAGGAGGAGGAGAAGGUAGAGCUUCCCCUGGAGGACGAUGCUAAAAAGCACGGCUUUCUCAUCCUGAGCAGAGAAGAUUCCACCAUGAUCCUUCAAACAGGUCAGGAAAUUAUGGAGCUGGACACAAGUGGGUUUGCUACUCAGGGGCCGACGGUGUUUGCUGGAAACAUCGGUGAUGACCAGUACAUCAUCCAGGUCUCACCCAUGGGACUUCGUCUUCUGGAAGGGGUGAAACAGCUCCACUUCAUCCCGGUGGAUCUGGGCUCUCCCAUCGUGCAUUGCUCCGUGGCGGACCCCUACGUGGUUAUCAUGACCGCUGAGGGUGUGGUCACCAUGUUUGUGCUGAAGAGUGACUCCUACAUGGGGAAAACGCACCGGCUGGCCCUGCAGAAACCACAGAUUUCCACUCAAUCCCGCGUGAUCGCGCUGUGUGCCUACCGAGAUGUAAGCGGUAUGUUCACCACAGAAAACAAAACAAGCUCCUCCAUGAAAGACGACUUCAUCACCAGGAGUCAGUCAGAGUCAGAGACGGUGUACCAGGAGCUCAGCAACAUGGUGGAUGAUGAGGAGGAAAUGCUGUAUGGAGAGUCCUGCACCACCGCUAAAGAGGAAAUGAGCCGCAACUCGGCGGGAACCGCACCCAACACGGGCGAAGGAAGCCCGAGCAAAGCAGAGCCUUCCCACUGGUGUGUGAUGAUCAGGGACAACGGUGUGAUGGAGAUUUUCCAGCUGCCAGACUGGCGCUUGGUCUUCCUGGUGAAGAACUUCCCAGUAGGCCAGAGAGUACUGGUGGACAGCUCUUCCGGCCAAUCAGCUACGCAGGGGGAGGGUAAAAAGGAGGAAGUUGCUCGACAGGGAGAGUUCCCGCUGGUCAAAGAAGUGUCUUUAGUUUCCCUGGGCAACAAUCGCAGUAGACCAUAUUUACUGGUCUACGUGGAGAAUGAGCUUCUGAUUUAUGAAGCCUUCCCAUACGAUCAGCAGCAGCCGCAAAACAACCUGAAAGUCCGCUUCAAAAAAGUGCACCACAACAUCAACUUCAAAGAAAAGAAAUCAAAGCUGAAGAAAGAUAAGAAGACAGAGAUUGGCGGUACCGAGGAGAGCCCGGCGGUGAAAAGUCGGAUUUCUAGGUUUAGAUACUUUGAGGACAUCUCCGGUUACUCAGGGGUAUUCAUCUGCGGCCCGUCUCCUCACUGGAUGCUCGUCACCUCACGAGGAGCUCUGAGGCUCCAUCCGAUGAGCAUCGACGGGCCCAUCGAGUCCUUCUCUCCCUUCCACAACAUCAACUGUCCUAAAGGUUUCCUUUACUUCAACAAGCAGGGUGAGCUGAGGAUCAGCGUCCUCCCCACCUACCUGUCCUACGACGCCCCCUGGCCUGUCAGGAAAAUCCCGCUGAGGUGCACCGUGCACUACGUUUCCUACCACGUUGAGUGCAAGGUGUACGCUGUGUGCACCAGUGUGAAAGAGCUGUGCACCCGCAUCCCCAGGAUGACGGGAGAGGAGAAGGAGUUUGAGAUCAUCGAGAGAGACGAGCGUCACAUUAACCCUCAGCAGGAGAGGUUCUCCAUCCAGCUCAUCUCUCCUGUUAGCUGGGAGACCAUUCCCAACACACGGAUCGACCUGGAGGAGUGGGAACAUGUGACCUGUAUGAAGACGGUGGCUCUGAGGAGUCAGGAGACGGUAUCCGGACUGAAAGGCUACAUCGCAGCGGGGACCUGUGUGAUGCAGGGAGAGGAGGUCACCUGCAGGGGCAAGAUUCUCAUCCUGGAUGUGAUUGAGGUGGUCCCAGAGCCGGGCCAGCCACUCACCAAGAACAAGUUUAAAGUGCUGUAUGAGAAGGAGCAGAAGGGACCGGUGACGGCUCUGUGUCACUGCCAUGGAUACCUGGUGUCGGCCAUUGGCCAAAAGAUCUUUCUGUGGGUCCUGAAGGACAACGACCUGACAGGCAUGGCCUUCAUCGACACACAGCUUUACAUCCACCAGAUGAUCAGCAUCAAGAACUUCAUCCUGGCAGCUGACCUGAUGAAGAGCAUCUCUCUGCUGCGCUACCAGGAGGAGAGUAAGACGCUGUCGCUCGUCAGCCGGGAUGCUAAGCCCUUAGAGGUCUACAGCAUUGAAUUUAUGGUGGAUAACAACCAGCUUGGAUUCCUGGUAUCGGAUCGAGACAAGAACCUGUUUGUGUACAUGUAUCUACCUGAAGCUAAAGAGAGCUUCGGAGGGAUGCGCCUGCUGAGACGAGCCGACUUCAACGCAGGAGCCCACAUUAACGCGUUGUGGCGGAUGCCGUGCCGAGGAGCGCUGGACUCUGGCAGCAAGAAGGCUCUCACCUGGGACAACAAGCAGAUCUCGUGGUUCGCCACUCUGGACGGAGGAAUCGGGAUGCUGCUUCCCAUGGCGGAGAAGACUUACCGUCGCCUGCUGAUGUUGCAGAAUGCUCUCAACACCUUGCUGCCUCAUCAUGCUGGUCUCAACCCAAAAGCCUUUAGGAUGAUGCACUGCGACAGACGGAGCCUGCAGAACGCAGUGAGGAACGUCCUGGAUGGAGAACUCCUCAGCAAGUACUUGUACCUCAGCACCAUGGAGCGCAGCGAGCUGGCCAAGAAGAUCGGCACCACGCAGGACAUCAUCCUGGAUGAUCUUCUGGAAAUCGACAGAGUAACUGCUCAUUUCUGAGCGUUCUCACAUUCCCAUUUGCUCCAAAUCAUUGCUUGUUCUAUUCUCAGUGUGCACGCCAUCGUUGUGUAAACCUUUGAUUUUUGUCAUUCAAAGAGGUCCAUCUUGUUUUCUUAGAUUAUUUUGUAUUAAAAAAUAAGAAAACA